UAUGAUGCCAUGAUGACGCGACGCGCGCAUCACGAUCACGAUUGUGCCGCGCCCAACUUACUAUAUGUGGGAUCGGAUUGUAAGAUUUGCGAGCGCGAGCGAGCUCAUUCGGAUCGGACUUCACAAUCAAAGUUCAUGAGUAAAACUUGUCUCGUGAAUAACAGCAGACACAUUUAGAGUACUUGCUCUUCCGAUUGGACUGACCUUGAUUUGCUGGAUGAACAGUGGACAAAGCGCACAUAGUGCCCCGGACAAUUCUCAGACUGGUAAUCCCUCUCUACGUCAGAUCAACGUCAUGGAAGCAGGAACCAAUGUCACCAAACCAGCAGACGACGGACUAGGUGGUUACGUCCUGGCAAAUACAGAAGAUAAGGAGAUGGAUAAGAACAAAGGAGGAGGCAGCAAUGAUCAAGCAAAUAAAAAUGAACUGAACAUGCAGCCCAUGAGCUCUGCUAAGGUGGGCGAUAAAAAAGGAGGAAAUACCAAUGGAGGAGAUGCACAGUCAGGAAGAGCAGAUGAAGGGAAACUUGAUGACGAAAAAGGCUGCUGUGUCCCAUGCAAAAAAUUCUUUGUCCAAUACAAAGAACCUAUCUUGAUCGCCAUUAUUGUUGUUCUCGCCUGCUUUUUGGUCCUCUUCAUCAUCUUAUUUGGUCUUGCACAAUGCAAACUCAAUAAACUUCAACAGUCUGAGGUAACAGGAGAUACCACACCAAUGCCAGGGACACCAAGUAAGGCACCAACUCCCAGCCCCAGCCCUCCUGGUGCUAUCAUCGCAGGUAUCAUCAAGACAGCAGAGAAUUACACAAAGUCAUUGGAGAAUAGCUCAUCUUUGGACUACAAGAAAUUAGAAAACAAAUUCAUCGCUGCGGUGAUGUAUUUUUAUGCGCAGAACCCAGCCACGUACAUACCAUACUAUGAAAGGACUAUCGUGAAGGAAUUCAUAAAAGAAGGUUUGCAAGCGAAUGUGAACUUUGAAAUACAUUUCACCCAACUGGAUAACGAUAAUAUCUCUCCACCUGAUGCGCACUCGAUACUCUCUGACACCCUCCAAUCUCCGCGGCAGUUUGGCCCGAUUAGAACUCUCGGUGGAAAUGUGGAUUUCCAAACCUAACCUGUUCCUGAAAACCACCUGUGCCAGAAUUAUUUCAUCAGUCCUCCAUAUGGAGAGUCAGUCAAGAAUGAAGGACGGCAGAUGAAAUGUAAAUUUUCUACAAUAUGCAGUGGUGCUCAAAAGUUAGUGAACCCCACCAGAAAAUGAACAUAUUUCAAGUGUUCAAGUUCUGCCAUGUUCUAGAUAUUUAAUUGUGAAGUCAGGGGAUGAAAUGUCACAUUCAGCAAUGUUUGUUUCUCUGGGCGCACCGGCAGUAGCGUACCUAGGAUUUUCCAGAGAGGGGGCAAAUUCGUCCGCCAAAAAAUUUGACAAGCCCCCCCCCAAAAAAAAGGUCUUCAACCGCAUGUAAAGGACAUUUCACACCAGGAAAAAAAUUGACAAGCAAAAAAAAGGGUCUUCAAGUUCAUAGUAGGGGGGGGGGGGGCACUUGUGGCUCAUCAGGAAUCAGUUGUGACUCGUCAGGGGGGGGGGGCAGUCUGCCCCCCCUUCACCAUAGGUACGCUAGUGCGCACUGGACAUUGUAGUGUUGUUGUCUCCAUUCAACACUCAGCAUGGAGGAGUGCUUUUUCUGUUGGCAUUCACUAGUUUUGUAGCACCACUGUAAUUAACAUUUGUUGAAUAAGAUCUGAAGGAAUACAAAACCUAAGUUACAAUAUUUUCAACAAGUGGAGUGAGCCCAUUCCUGACAAGCGAGUCUCUAGUAGGUGGCAAGGAGGCCUUUCCCAAUUACUUUGAUGAAGAAAACUAGAAUCAUACACUUUUUUGAGCGUGAAAAUUAUUAAAUUCUCUGUUCACGUUUUAAUGACAUCAGCAUACAUGGCGGUAGAAAGGGAGAAUGAUCACUCAAAAUCUAUAAAUUUGCCGUGUGACGGUAGAUGGAAAUCACUAUUUUCACUUGUAGAGUGUGGGUUUUCAUCUUCUUAUCAAAAAUGUUGUUGUCUAUUCAUGUUUACAUGAACUUUCACAAUAUGCAGCAUUAAAAUAAAUAGAAAAAAACUACAGUUGACAUAUUUAUUAAGAGAAGCUGAUUAAAUAUUAAACUUCUAAUAAUUCCCUGGCAUGAAUCAUUCUUAUCAGGAAUGGAUAUUGAUAUAUUCUUGAUGAUUAUGCCAUUAACCAUGACCCCCUUCAACAACGUUAUGUUUUAACUUUAUUGUUAAGAGUGGUGCUCUAUGUCUGUGCGGUGCCCCUUGUCUGUGCAGUCAUCAAAUGAAACACACAACAACAAUGAAAUUUACUUCUGCAGUAGAGAGACAGAUAGUCAUUUUGAAAAAGAAGGCAAAAUGAUGAGAAUGUUGAUAAAUAUCUGGCAUUUCGUGCAAAGACUCAAAAUGCAGCUAUUCUUAUUAAAAUCCAUGGAGUGGCAUUCUGAUGGCCGUGGUUUAGUUAAACCUGGGUUAACUAUAGGCCUCAGUUUUAUGGAGUGCCACUUGUCAAAUAAUUCACCAAUUAAAAAUCAUUCUUAUUCUGCUGCAAAAAGUUGUCAAAAAUUAUUUGAGUUGUGAAAUCGUAAGAAUAUGAAAAUACUUUGAAUUUUGUUGAAUUAAUCAAUACAUUAUAUUCGUCACGAAUAUGGAAGAAAUAUUAUGAAGCCCAGCACUUUCAUAGAAGUGGUUUGAAAUUCUAGUUUAGAUUAGGAUUAUCAGACCACCUACCACCCAUAAAGUGUGUGCAUAUACAUGGACCACCAUUCUGGUUUUUCACUAGAACAUUAUAGAGUACCGGAGUGAUGACGUCAGUUUCCAUGGUGUCAAGGCGGCCUGGUUCUUAAGAAAUGAACCCGCUUCGGUGCUCUAUACUUGCUCCUCUUUGGGUGAAAGUUUUGGCACACCAAAGUGUACAGAAUAAAUCAGACGAUACCAUCUGAAACUUUGGGGAAUGUGAACUUGAAGAGAUUCGUGUUCAGCCAUCAGUCCGAUUUUAGGUGCGCAGACACGGGGCUACCCUUCAUAUCAAUAUUCAUCUGUUUUGUAUAGACGGUGGUUUUCUAUGGCCUAUCUUUCAAAUGAGGCCUGUUUGAGAAUUAAUCUCUGCUAUGAAUUUCUGUUGCCUACGUGUCACAGACAUCUUCAAUUAAAAAAAUACGCAGUACAAAGAAAUGGGAUGCCUUUCUUGCCUGUUAGACUUUAUAGUCCAUGUUCUGAGGCCUGGUUUAAUUUAGGCCAAGGGCCCUGUUGCACAAAAGUUACUAUUAUAGUAACUGUGCCAUCCAAUGGUAACUCCCCUGAAAUCCUUGAUUCUGAUUGGCUGAUUAGCAUCGUUACCAUGGUAGUUACUAUAAGAGUAACUUUUAUGCAAACGGAGCCCAGGUGGGUGCUUCGUAAAGCUGUUCGUAAGAGCAACUUUAAGAACGACUGGUGAACAUUUCUUAGGCGCGUAGUAAUUACCAAUGAACAUAUCAUUUACCACAAGAAAGGAUCACCAGUCGUCCUUAAAGUCGCUCUUAACGUACGAACAGCCUCAUGAAACGGCCCCUGGGUCUAACUCUGUACUAACAUUACAGGAAGCCAAAAGUGUCAAAAAAUUUUGGCUAACGAUGUUUUUUUCUUAUGUUCUCUUUGCUUUUUCAUUAUGCUUUAAUGGUGAUAUGCACAACGCAGAAAAAAACUUUUUCAUUAUCAGUAAUAUAAAAUGCUUCAUAUAGGUAUGAAACAUUGAUGUACAUGUAUGACAGGAAAAUGAUAUUAGAUGUUACGGCGCGGGUAAUUUUCUUGCCUUUUUGUGCCGUGCUUGUGGUUAAAAUGAAAUUUGAAUUCUUGGAAAUGUGAUAUGCACAAUGUAAAAAAGAUAUUUUCGUUAUCAUUAAUACAAUUAAUAGAUAUGAAACAUUAAUGUAUGACGGGAAAAUGAUAUUAGAUGUGACGGCGCAGGUAAUUUACUCGCAUUUUUUGUGCUGUGCUUGUGAAUGAAAUAAAAUUUGAAUUCUUGAUGUGGAAUAUGCAUUAUCCAGCAUAAAAGUGAUGUCUCUACACUCGUACUGCUGUAAAAAAAAAAAUGCUCAAAAAAUUGUUAGAUUUUUGAUUGAGCUCUCUGAACAUAUAUUGCUUUUAUAUUCAUUUCUUUUCCAUACAAUCCCAAAUUGGACUUUUGAUAAUCCAGACAUUUUUUUUUGCAUGAGAUUUUACAUUUUUAACACAGGAUUUGUUUGUGAUGGCAUUUAUCAUGUAUAGUUGAUUUUAGACUAGAAAAAUAUGAUCGCUGCAUCGGCAUAAAUUGAUAUCUUUGUAGCAUGUAACACUGAGAUUCUGAUUAAUUCUCAAUUUUUUCGAGGGAAAAUCUGGCUUUCUUUUUACUGUAUAAGAUCUUAAAAUGUGGAUGUGAGUGUAUACUGGGUUUGGAGAAUAGCUGCAUGAUGUACCUUACACAAUCAUGCGGAACCAUUUAUAAUCUAUCAUUCAUGAUAAGCAAGAUAAUGUAUUUUUCAAGUUUUGUUUUCAUGUAUUUAACUUUGAUAUUCAUUUUUAUCUUCCUCAAUUGCUUUUAUACAAAAACAAUUUGUAUUUGUUCAUAUACUGCAUGUACAUGUAUGAAUUUUUAUUUUGUUUGCCGAUGCUGUUGUAUGUAUCUUUAUGUGCAUAUCUUUAUUUUUAAGGAAGUAAUUCCUUAAAAAGCUGUGUGCGCUAUGAACGCCUAGCUUAGCCGGGUAAUGUAGGAGCGCCUUGAGCACCUAACAAGGUGGAUAUGUGCGCAAUAUAAAUACCCUAUAUUAUUAUUAUUAUUAUUAUUGCAUAUAGUUGUAUAAGUGUAGUAGCAUACUUCAAUGUAUAAUAAAUUGUGUGUGUGUGUGUGUGUGUGGGGGGGUUAUGUGUGUAUGAUAUCAUUUAUCAAUGUAAAAACAAAGAUAUUUAGGGUGAUUGUAAGGUGUCCAUGUUAACAUUGUAUUUAGGGAAAACACAUUGAAUUUUGUAAUAGUUCAAGCAGCUUUAAAUCAGAUCUGAAACACUUUUCAAUUAUACUGUAUGUCCUAGAAAAUGCUAAAAUGUCACAAACUGGGUGCUUAUUCAGCCCCCUUUCAAUUAUUUGUUACUAAAUUAUUUUUGUAAACUUAUCAUUUUGGUAAACUUAACAUUAGCACUGUACAUGUAAUGAUCAUUAUAAAUUGUUUGUAUUUAUUUACAUGUAUAUAAUAUUGAGUUCUGUUUCUAAUGUAAGUGACAGAAAUUGUCAUUAAACAAAUGAUUGUAAUGAACUAUUGAUGAUUAUACAUUUUUUAAUGUAAUAAAUCAUAGGUUAGCGAAUGAAGACAAUACCUUAGAAAAAUUAAGAAAAAUAUGUAUAUUGAUCUUAAAUAGAAAUCUGUUCAAGAAUUGCGUUUCUAAGAUGUGUUAGAUAGAGAGUUCAGAAUGGUUGAUUAUUCACCAUUAUUUUCUUGACCAGAAUUCAAGUUUAGAUUUACAAUACGCUUGUCUGAAAUAUUAUAAAAAGGAAGUUUUUACUCAUUUUUUUAUUUUGUUUGAAUGCUAGAGGAUUUUUUUUACUGUAAGCAAUUAUUGCUUUUUUGUACAUUGUAAGACAUACAAUUCUGUGCAUGGAAGUUUGUUACAGUGUACUAUCAAUUUGAACAACAUACUGUAAAUUAUUGCCUCUUAGUCUUUAAUCGUCUCUAUGGAAGUCCAUCACAUUUUGAAGAUAUACAUGCUCUAUUAUUAAAAUGGGAAGAAAGAGACAAUUAAUACUCAGUAUACUAUCCCUGGUGUGUGUGUCAUAAAGCCGUUUGUAAGUUAUGAACGACUUUACGAACGACUAGUGAUCCUUUCUUAAGGUAAAUCAUGUGCACUACAUUUCAUUGGUGUGGAUUUAGCUCUUGAAGAAAGGAUCACCAAUCGUUCAUAAAGUCACUCGUAACUUACAAACAGCUUUAUGAAACGCCCACCAGGAUCGUCUAUCUUGUGCAUGUACGUGAUAUUAUUAUUAAUCUUUAAGACUUGAAAAGUCGACUUGUAUACGAUGUUAAAAGAUAGUUCAUAGUAAUGCUCAUGGUCAUAUAGCCCUGGGAAAGAAAAACUUCAUAUUUAGCUUGGAGCUAACUAAGCAGCACCCCAGGGCCCUGUCUUACAAAGAGUUACGAUUGAUCCAAUCAUUCGUAACUCUAUGGAAAUCCAUCGGUGUCAUAAUUGUUUCCCCAUGAAAUGUGCAAAAUGUUCUUUGUAACAAGGGCAAACUCAGAAUUGUUGAGGUAACAAUGAUUUUUGUCUCACCUGCAUAGCAGAGUGAGACUAUAGGCGCCGCUUUUCCGACGGCGGCGGUGUCAACACCAAAUCUUAACCAAAGGUUAAGUUUUUGAAAUGAUAGCAUAACUUAGAAAGUAUAUGGACCUAGUUCAUGAAACUUGGCCAUAAGGUUAAUAAAGUAUUACUGAACAUCCUGCCUGAGUUUCAUGUCAAAUGACAAAGGUCAUUUAGGGUCAAUGAACUUAUACCAUGUUGGGGGAAUCAACAUCAAAAUCUUAACCUAAGGUUAAGUUUUUGAAAUGUCAUAACUUAGAAAAUAUAUGGACCUACAGUAGUUCAUGAAACUUGGACAUAAGGUUGAUCAAGUAUCACUGAACAUCCUGCAUGAGUUUCAUGUCACAUGACCCAGGUCAACGCCCCCCCCCCCCCCACAAAAAAUGAAGUGUUAAAAACUAAUAAAAAGAAGACAUAUGACCAUGGACAAUACUAUGCGCUUUUAAAUAACUAGUAUUGUGUGUUUUAGUGGAAUUAAAGUUUUACUUCGGCUAA